ACAUGACAUCAUUUAAAGAGCGCCCCCGUACCACCAACGAGGAAAAAAAAGAAAACUUGAAUCCUCACUCCUCCAUCUUCCCACGAGCUGGAAGAGAAAACACCUGAGGGUCGUUUGCCAUUGGGACGCUUUCCCUUCCCUUGUCGAUAUCGCGCAGCCUGUAGCAUUAUUGGAUUGGCCGCGGCGGUAUCCCCGAUAGUAUCGGAUUCGGGGAGGGGCGUUCUCUCCGCACGGGGAAUGGCGGAGCAGCAGGCUGCUGUGCUGAGGAUUCAGUGUGGGAGAGAGAUGGGGAUUUAGCACAAUAAGAUAGAUCCCAGUCCUCUCUGUUUUCCACUCUCUCUCUCUCUCUGUUGUCGUUCUAAAUCUCUGCUGCCUCUGGCCAUGGAUCCAGAGAAAACGUUGACGUUCUGCCUUGGACUCAAAGCAGAGGCGAUGACCAUCUCCCUGCAGGGGCCGGGAGGACCAGCAGCUACGCUGCAGGGUUUCUACAUAUUGGAUCUGCUGUUUGUCCAGCUCCUGUGAAAAAGACGACUGUGUCUCCAAAGGGUUCAGACAUGGGAACCAUCAACAAGGGGGUGAAGGACCAAGCUGGCUCAGGCAGCCAGCCCAUGCUCAGUCAUAAGUACUGCCCUGGUGUCAACAACAACCCAGGCUACCUGUGUGAGACCGGCCACUGCUGUGGGGAGACAGGAUGCUGCACCUACUACUACGAGCUGUGGUGGUUCUGGCUGCUGUGGACCAUCGUGAUUCUGUUCAGCUGUUGCUGUGCCUACCGCCACCGGCGGGCCAAGCUGCGUGUCCAGCAGCAGCAGAGACAGAGGGAGAUCAACCUGAUCGCCUACCACGGAGCCUGCAACUACCCUGCGUCCAUGUUGGACCUCAGUUUCCUGGCCUCCUUCAAGCUGCCGUCCUAUGAGGAGGUGGCAGCCCAGCCCCCCUCACCCCCUCCAUCCUACAGCUCCGUCUUUGCUCUGCAGGGGGCAAUGGGGGGCGCCACCACUUACACAGCCACCCCUUACGGUUCAGCCUACCCCCAUCACCACCAGCAACAACCCCUCGGCCCUCCCUCCUACUUGGUUAGCUCCAGGGCGGGCCCCAGCGGUGCCGGUGGUGGCCUGACCUCAUCUCAGAGUUCAGACAACUACACCAGCUGCUCCUGCGAGUCCUGCUCCCUCCUCACCUCCCCAUCCAGCACCUCCUUCUCUGUCCAGGUGACCUACGAGACGGAUAAUACCAGCCAUGCCUCCACGCCCGGUAGCGAGGUUGGAGGAGGAGGGAGGGAGGCCCUGAGAGGCUUCCCCAGGGAGGGUUCAUCUCUGGAGGGAGUUGUGUCUGCCAGGUCCCCUUUGUCUCCUGGAGGAUAUCCAGCUCCUCCUCUGCCCCCUCCUCCACCUGAACUUCUACCUACACCUUCUCCCACAACGUCUUCUCCUCUCCCUCCCACUCUUCCCCCUCCCAAACUAUCUUCUCCCUCUCCACUUCCUCCUCCACAUCAUCUGCCACUCCCUCCACUCAUCCUUAUGGACCCCCUGGCUGUGCUGGCUGAGCAGAGAGGGGUAGAGGGUGGCCUGAGUGAGGGUGGGGUCACAGAGAGACAGAGCCCUUCCAUCCUCUCUCCCCCCAAGCCCACCCAGUCUCCCCCCAAACACGCCCUCUUCUCCACCAACGUGGACUUCUUCGAGCCCGUGGAGAAAGAGAAGAGAGAGGAAGAGGAGGAGGAAGAGAAGGAUGAGGAUCAUUUCCGUCACCGCCGGCUCACAGGCGACUCCGGCAUCGAAGUGUGCCGCUGCCAAGUGAAGAGCGAGGAAGAGGAUGUGGAGAAGAAGGUGGAAGAAGAUCAAGUUGGAGGAGGGGAUGGAGAGGAGGGGGCGGAUUUCCUCCAUGACAGUGUGGACUGUUCCCUCCGAGCACAGCAGGUCGCCCAGUGUGGCCACGCCUCCUCGGCCAUCCCCAGGGGCGGGGACGCCAUCAUCACCGUGGAGUCGUCAUGAGGACAGCCAAUGAGGGCCAAAUAAUUUGGUCAGGUGACCAAAACUCACUUGACUGACAACAAAUGGAGCCAAUGGAGCUUAAAAGUGUUUACUUUGACCCAGUAGCACCCCCUACUGUUCAAACCAGGAAGGAAGCCAAGGCCCACAUCAACUAGUAUGGGCCUGCUUGUGUUAACGGCUUACUGUAGUAAUGUGAAGUCACCAUAGUAACACAGAGGAAGAGGAUCAUCACAGCCUUCUAAUUGAAAGGAGGAAGGAAGUCGUUACAGAGGGAGUCAGACAGUUUAUCUGUGUUGAUCUUUCUGACGGUCAUUAUCAUUCUGUUCCGCUGUGCUGCCUCUGGGAACAAAGACACCUUUUAUUAUUUCUCAAAGUGCAGAAACCAAUGCUGCAGUGAAACUGCUAAUUAUAAUCUCUCGCUCUCUCUUUCUGUCUCUCUGUCUUUCUGUCUCUCUCUCUCCCUUUCUGUCUCUCUCUCUCCCUCUUUCAUCACAGGAAGAGGAGCAACAGCUGCAUGAGACAGUAUAAAGUCAGCAUAAUGUUCACACAGUCUCCCACACACACACACACACACACACACACACACACACACACACACACACACACACACACACACACACACACACACACACACACACACACACACACACACACACACACACACACACACACACACACACACACACACACACACACAACAACCCACCUGCUGUGUCUGAAGCUCUGCUGCACCUGCCCUUUUGCUUUGCAAAAAUACCUCCAGCUUUCUUCCUCUCCCAUCCUCCCAUCAGAGUACUGUUAGCUUCUCUUCUCCUCUCCUCUCCUCCUCUCCCAUCCUCCCAUCAGAGUACUGUUAGCUCCUCUUCUCUUCUCCUCUCCUCCUCUC